AUGCUACGAUUAACUCGCCCAUUAGGCCUUAAAAGCAUUCCUAGAAACCAUGGAUUCGUCUCUCCAGCCCUAAGGAUCCAAAAACGUGACUUUUCUUUGGAACCCACAGCCGUCAUCACUGUUCUCACAGAGUCAGUCGAACACAUCCAUACAUUAACUGGCUUACCCUGGUGGGCAGUCAUUCCCUUGACGACAUUCACUCUUCGAGGCGUUUGGACGCUUCCAUUGGCGGUGAUGCAGAGACUAAGGGUGCAAAAACAGAAUGCUUUACGUCCUAUAGUGGCUGCUACAGCACCUAUCUUGCGAAUGAAGCUAGCUAGGGAAGCCCAGAAAGCACUUAAAGCAAGCCAGAAAGCAGGCGCUUCUCCAGGUAUGGCCUCUCCAGCUGGCCAAAUGAAAUAUGACGAAAUCAUGGUGCUUUCAGCAAAAGAAACCAGAAAGAGACAGAAGAAGCUCUUCAGAGACCAUGGCGUUCAGCUCUAUAAGAACUUCUUCUUGCCAGCAGCACAAGUCCCCUUGUGGGUGUGUAUGUCGAUGACAUUCAGAAACUUGAGUGGCUGGUCUACGUGGGACUCGUUAGCCAACAAACCUCUAGACCCUAGUCUAUAUGACCAAGGAGCUCUAUGGUUCACAGAUCUCACUACCUUAGACCCUUUGCAUGUUUUUCCUAUUGCCAUUGGCAUUGUGGCGAUUCUCAACGUCGAAUGGACGUUUAAGACAUUCCAGCUCAUGAAACCUCCAGGCAGAAAGAGAGCUUUCCGCCCCACCAUCUUCGAUUCCUUGGGCAAUUUGUCCCGAAUGGGUGUUGUUUUCCUUAUGGCCAUCUCCCUACAUGCUCCCACUGCAUUGACCUUGUACUGGCUCAGUUCCCAGCUCUUCUCGUUGGUCCAGAACGUUGUCUUAGACCUAGUGUUCCCAUUGAACUACACCCCACACAAGAGAAUGGACUUCAAGAAACUGAAACUGGAAACUGCCGAACUGGUUAUUAACUAA